GACCAAUUAAAGUAGGUAAAGAUUGGAAUUCAAGAUCCUAAACACAAAAAUAAGAAAAGUAGGGUAAUGAAUGCCAGAGAUAAGACCCAGCCCGGGGUUUGUGACCAAGACCUUUGCAUAAAAAAAAAUGAAUCUAUACGGCAUAGUGGACCGCGUUCAUGACGAAACACGCAAACGCCCUCUGCAUAAAGAGGUAGAGGCAGAGCACGACUCUGUCGCCAAACCAUACCAGACGCAACGACAACAAUCUUCCUCCUACCUUUUCAUUUGCAGCGUCGAGAGAGAUGGGAGUAGGAGAGAGGAAGGGAUCGGCGUUGGAGGAUCUGAUAGAGAGAGCGGGCGGGUGCGCGGUGAUCGACGGCGGGUUCGCGACGCAGCUCGAGAAGCACGGCGCCGCCAUCAAUGACCCUCUCUGGAGCGCCCUUUGCCUGAUCAAAGACCCUCAUCUUAUCAAGCGAGUCCACAUGGAGUAUUUGGAGGCUGGUGCUGAUGUCCUGAUCACCUCUUCCUAUCAGGCCACUCUUGUUGGGUUUCUGUCCAAAGGACUGUCCAUGGAAGAAGCAGAGUCAUUACUAGAAAAGAGUGUCAAGUUGGCCGUCGAAGCCCGGGACAAGUUCUGGGAUUCCUUGAAGGAGGUUCCUGGACAUAGCUACAAUCGGGCCUUGGUGGCUGCAUCGAUUGGUAGCUAUGGAGCUUAUCUUGCAGAUGGCUCAGAGUAUAGCGGUUGUUAUGGACCGGACAUAAAUUUGGAAAAACUCAAGGACUUUCACCGGCGUAGAUUGCAAGUCCUUGUUAAUGCUGGUGCAGAUUUGCUGGCCUUUGAGACUAUUCCUAACAAAUUGGAAGCUCAGGCUUGUGCUGAGUUGCUUGAAGAGGAAAAUAUCGAAAUUCCAUCCUGGAUUUGCUUCAGCUCGGUGGAUGGUGAAAAUGCACCAUCUGGAGAGAGUUUUCAGGAUUGUCUGGAUAUACUGAACAAGAGCGAUAAAGUCAAUGCAAUCGGGAUAAACUGUGCGCCGCCCCAUUUCAUUGAAAGUCUAAUAGGCAAAUUUAAAGGGUUGACAAGCAAGGCAAUAGUUGUGUAUCCCAACAGUGGCGAGGUGUGGGAUGGCAGAGCUAAGAGAUGGCUGCCAUCCAAGUGCUUCGGCGACGACAAAUUCGAGCUGUUCGCUGCAAGAUGGCGCGAUGCAGGAGCCCAGCUCAUCGGCGGUUGUUGUCGAACAACGCCUUCGACAGUUCAGGCUAUUUCAAAUGCAUUGAGAGGGUUAACAGAAGCUAGUCUAGACUGUUACCAACUUUAAAGAAGGCACCUCUGCCCCCUAAGUUUUGGCUGCCAUCUACAUUGGCGGCUCGGAAAUAUUUAUUCAGCUCAUAGAUAUGCCUUAGCAAGUUAAAUUUAUUCUUUUCUA